AUGCCGUUUCCCAUCGAUCAACUACUAUGGCGCAGGACAGUUUCUCAUUUGCAAGCCAAUCAGACGUCCGUGUCAAUUCUGUCUGUCAUCUACGCCACAAAUAUCAACACACACAAACACACGAUGAGACUGUUCGAGAUAAGCCAUUCGAGACACAGGUCUCCUCGCCGAGUCGCCGCCCUAAACCAUCUUGACAAUGGCAACAAUGUUUCAUGCGGCCAUCGUCCUGCCAAGCAAGGCACAUGCAAACGGAGGUCUACCGAAGACUGCUCACAACUAUCACUGAUCUACCUUACAUAUGCCUUGCCUACGUGCCUACCAGCCUGCUUGACGAACUGGCAGGUCCCUCGCUGUCAACAGCUCACGCGCAGUAUCUCACACCACUCGCUCCAACGUCGUUCAAAGAUUCCGCCGCCCGCCGCUGGCCACCAAACCCACCAGGAACCCAACUCUGCUCGCCGCUGCGCUCUACUGACGGUGGCCUGGUGCAGUGUGUUACAAUGCAGCCCUGAAGCAGUCGUGCUCUCCGCCGCACCCAGGCGAUGGCCAAGCCAUCACGGUAACUUUGCCAAUGCUUCCAAGCCGGGCUCAAAAGCUUUGGUCGAAGACAUUCCAACACCAAAGAAGAAGCUGCAGAGAGUAGCCGAGAUCAUUUUCCAUGCCAGCUUACAAACGAAAAUGACACUGGCGACACUCCAGGCCUGUCAUAUCUUUUUACACUCUAUCGCCGCCCAAAGGACCACCGCAGACCAUUCGCAAAUGGGAGCUGGCACUGCCGUAUCUAAAGUUCUGACAACCGCCCGACCAGCACGAGCCACUGAGCAGAGGGCUUCGCGCCGUCCCUUUGAGCAGCCAAAUCGUGGCCUCCGCAAACCACCCCUGGUUCCCCCCGCCACCCGUCCACCAUUCAACCUCGGCGCACACGCGCCCGACCCGACGCCCUUUCGCGAAGCCUGUUUGGGCGAGCUCUUCGGUCCUGCUGCCUCACAGGUCAGCGCCCGGCGCCACACGUCGACUUUUGGCCUGUCCAUCAGCCUAAUUGGAGUCAUGACUGCAAGCAAGCAGGAAAGCAAGCUCGAAAAAAUGAGUGUGACAAUAACCAACUCACACAACCCGGUGAUAGUCCAGGUUGCUCACGACUUUAAACAUUUAGACAACCUCAUGUCUUAG